AGUCUCUGAAGCAAGCACUUCUGGGCACAUCAUCCAGGUUGCCCUCUUCUGCAGCAGUUGGUGCUGGGAAGGACGAGGUGUAGGAGCCUGUUGUAACCAUGGCUGCUCCCCUUUCAGACAUACAUUUCUCCUUGCCAGGGUAUGUUCCUGUAUCUGUUUCUUUCUCUCCCUGUAUUUGUCCACUGUAAUGUUCAUUACCAUCAUCUCCUCUUCCUUCUCCUUUUCCUCUUCCUCUCUUCCUCCUCCUCCUCCUCCUCCUCCUCCUCAGAUCCUCAACUCUUGAAGACAGUAUUAAACAGUACGAGCAGGAUCUGGCCAGGAAGCUGUACCAGUCCCGGCAAUGGGCUCCUGCUCCCGGGGCCAGGCCAGCUCAGAUGCCUAGUCCAGUGCAGAGUCACGCCUCGAGAACCCCUGGGUCAGGAAACCAAUCCAGGAUGAAAUCCCUUGAACAGGAUGCUCUUAAAGCCCAAAUGGUCAUUGCCAAGUCCAAGGAGGGAAAGAAGCGCAGCACUCUGGAGCAGGUGACAGAGUCACCUUCACCCGUUCCUACCCCGUCACCAACACCACUGGAAGAUUGCAGUCCCAGGAACGUCACUUCACCAGGAAGGCUGUCCAUGUCUGAAAAGAAGUUUGACUACCGGGAAUUUGCUGCUAUUCCUUCCUCCAAACCUGUUUACGAAAUCCAGGUAUUCACUGCAUGCUGAAUUUCUGCCUGCUGUCGGAUGGGUCAGGGCUUGAUUUAGUGGAAGUGCUGCAUAUGAUGUGACGACCCUCAGAGGCUGAAUGGUGUGAGGAAGAGCUCUUCAGGGUGCCCCCCGUGUAUGGGGCAAUGACAGCUGGCCAUGCUGCACUGAGGAGCCACUGGAGGCGUCAGUCAGGUGUUAAGAAGUUGGUCCAGAUGGUUUUAAAAGCGAUGGCAAAGCCUUUGCAAAUACAAAGCAAUCACAUUUUCACCUUAACUGAUCCUGAAAUGUUUUCAAGCGAAAGAUGAGAACUGAAAGGGAAGGAGAAAAGGUUGCCAACUAAUUGCAAAUGGGAGCUGGUGUUAACUUCAGGGUGGAAUUAUCCAGCAGCCUGCCCCAGAAGCAGCUGUGCUGACAGCUUUCUAAGUUUUAGCUCUGCUGCAGAUAAUCAUGAAGUAAUAAGUUCAUAUGGCAUUAUUAAAAUGAAUAGUGAGCUCUUCUGAAACGUUUGCUAAGCUUAGGGUAAGUAUUAAGUACAAAUUUGGAUUAGUAGAUGAACAAAUGCAGAGCGCUUUGACUUCUCUGUCCUUGAAGCACUGUGUGCAGAUAGGCUAAAUUUUCUGUAAGAGCAAAAUAAAUAGGGCUUGGGAUAUUGAUACCAGUCCCCAAGUUUAUCAUCCUGUGUGGAUGAGGAAGGAACUCCUGGAUGAACAGAAUCCUGUCCACCUGGGAAGACUAUAGGAAUGUUGUCAGGGCCUCUGUGGAUGCAGUGAGAAAGGCAGAGACCUUCUGGGAAUUAAACCUUGCAAAGGAGGUAAAGGACAACAAAAUAAGAGGUUUUUUAAAGUAUGUCAACAGUAAAAGGAAGACCAGGGAAGAUGUGGGUCCCCUACUGAAUGAAGUGGGUGCCUUGGUAACAGGGGAUGCUGAGAAGGCAGAGAUUCUGAAUGCCUGCUUUGCUUCGGUGCGUAAUGCUAAGUCUAGCGCUUGGGAAUCCCAAACCCUGCAGGUAAGAGAGAGUGUCUGGGGAAAGGAAGGCUUUCCGUUGGUUGAGGUGGGUCUGGUUAGGGAGCACGUAGCCAAAAUCAACGCUCACAUCCACGGGCCCCAACGGGAUGCACCCACGUGUGCUGAGAGCGAUGCAGCGAUGAUUGCUGAACUGCUCUCUGGUUGGAUACCUGUGUUCCCCAAGGUUCAGUGCUGGGUCUGGUCUUGUUCAACAUCGUCAUUGAUGACCUGGAUGAAGGGAUAGAGUCCACCCUCAGCGUGUU